AUGGAUAACGUCGUCGGGAACGUGACGUCAUGGUUUCGCAGGGCUGUAGCCGGCGGUUCAGACGAGCCUAAUCGCAGCAGCAGCUCGACGCACCUUGGCGAGUCACCACCCAGCGAUGCAGCAGCAGCAGAGGGAGCAGCAGUUGAGGGAGGAGGAGCAGCGGCAGCUGGAAGAGGCACUCAGGCUCUCCUUGCAGGAGCAGCAGCACGUGCCGAGCCAUCAGCCAUGGGUGCCGAGCCAACAGCAUCAAGUUCCGAACCACCAGCAUCAAGGCCAGGCGGAGUGGGGCGAGGUGGGGGUGGGGGUGGUGAGGGGGCGCCAGACACGAGCAACGACAAGGAGAUUGCGCGGUUGCUGCAGCAGGAGCUGAGCCUCGAAGAGGGCGGGCUCUCGCAUUUGCCUUCAGCACCUCCUGUUGGCAGCAACAACAGCAGCAGCAGCAGCAGCGGUGGGGUGGGAAGCGCGGGAGCAGGGAGGGCAGCGGGCGGAGGGCAGCAGCACCCUGUGUGGUCGGCGCUGGUGCCGGCCGUGUGUGCGGGGUGCAAUGGGCCCUUGGGCUUCUCCCCGGCCCUCUCGUCCAUGGGGGGGUUGUGGCACCCGCACUGCUUCACAUGCCACGCGUGCAAGCAGACCAUCUCAGAGAAACAAUUCAACAUCAAGGACGGCAAGCCAUACCAUGCAGCAUGCCACCGACAGCUCUUCCACCCCAAGUGCACCGUCUGCCAGGACUUCAUCCGCCCUAACCCAGCAGGCAUGAUCAACUUCCGCUCGCACCCCUUCUGGGGCGACAAGUGGUGCCCCGCCCACAUGACUGACAGCACGCCCUCCUGCACCUCCUGCUCCCGCCUGCAGGCAGUGUUUGAGUCAACUCAGAAUUGCAUUCCCUCUUCCCUUCUCCUCGUCCUGCUUCCCUGCUGCUUACCUUGGCUUGGCUUGCAGUCCCGCGGUUCCCCCCCAUUUAUUGAUCUGCCAGAUGGGCGGCACCUCUGCCUUGACUGCGUUGACUCCGCCGUGCUAGACUCCGCAGACUGCCGCCCGCUUUUUUCGUCCGUUAGUGCCUUCUUUGCUCAGCUGGGGAUGCCAGUGAGGCAGCAGAUUCCGGUGCUGGCAGUGGAGCAGCAGGCAUUGAAUGACGCACAGAGGGCAGAGAGGGAGGUGCGUGGGUGUGAUGGGGAUGCCAGUGAGACAGCACAUCCGGUGAUGGCAGUGGAGCAGCCGGCGCUGAAUGAGGCUCAGAGGGCGGAAAGGGAGGGCCAUGAGCACGGGUCCCUCACGCGGGGCCUCUGCCUGUCAGAGGAGCAGACCAUUCAGAUGGUGGUGCGUUUGCCCGGCUCACUCACCCACGCCUCCUCCUUCUCGGCAGUGGGGCAGCAGACCAUGACAGUGUCCCGCCACUGCGCGGUCACUGCUAUCCUCGUGCUCUAUGGGUUGCCCAGAGUACUGACCGCGUCCAUCCUAGCGCACGAGCUCAUGCACGCAUGGUUCAAGCUCGACGGGGGUUUCCGCCAUUUGCCCCCAGAGCUAGAGGAGGGCAUGUGCCAGGUCAUGGCGUAUUUAUGGUUGCAAACCCAGGCCCCUCCAGCCCCACACGCCCCAUCACAAGCCCCAUCACAACAAGCCUCCUCCGCUGCUCCACUAGCUCACGAGGCGCACAGCAGCUUCCAGCAGCGCUUUGCAGCGUUCUGCCUGCACUCCAUUGCUACUGAUGCCUCCCCCGUGUACGGCGAUGGGUUUCGUGCUGCCCAUGCUGCUGUGCUGAAACAUGGACUGCUGCCUACUCUCGAGCACAUUCGCGCAUACAGAGCACUGCCUAGAGUGUAG